CUGACAUCUGGUGUAAUAUUGCAUGCGAGAUAAGAGCCGAGCCGACAUCCGACUGAAGUGGGUUCGUUCAUUCGCACUUCUCGAACCCCCAUCAGUUGAUUUUUCGUAGCCAAACGAAUGCAGUGAGUGUGGAAAGAACUUUACCUAGUCUGGCCGUGUAAAAGUUUAUACGGGAAUGCACACAGCAGAAAGACCAUUGGAAUGCAGUGAGUGUGGAAAGAAGUUUACUCGAUCUAGUGAUCUAACAGUUCACAGGAGAAUGCACACAGGAGAAAGACCAUUCGAAUGCAGUGAGUGUGGAAAGAAGUUUACUCGAUCUGGUCUUGUAAAAGUUCAUAUGAGAAUGCACACAGGAGAAAGGCCAUAUGAAUGCAGUGACUGUGGAAAGAUGUUUACUCAAUCUAGUAAUCUAAAAAAGCAUAGGAAAAUACACACAGGAGAAAUGCCAUAUCAGUGCAGUGAUUGUGGAAAGAAGUUCACUGAUUCUGGUCAUCUAAAAGUUCAUAUGAGGACACACACAGGAGAAAGACCAUUUGAAUGCAGUGAGUGUGAAAAGAAGUUUACUCAAUCUAGUGAUUUAAAAGUUCAUAUGAGAAAGCACACAGGAGAAAGACCAUUUAAAUGCAGUGAGUGUGCAAAGAGGUUUUUUCGAUCUGGUCAUCUAAAAGUUCAUAUGAGAUUGCACACAGGAGCAAGGCCAUAUCCGUGCAGUGAUUGUGGAAAGAACUUUACUCAAUCUAGUGAUCUAAAAUUUCAUAUGAGAAUGCACACAACAGAAAGACCGUUUGAAUGCAGUGAGUGUGGAAAGAAGUUUUUUCGACCUGGUCAUCUCAGAGUUCAUAUGAGAAUGCACACAGGAGAAAGGCCAUUUGAAUGCAGUGAGUGUGGAAAGAAGUUUACUCAAUCUAGUGGUCUAAGAGGUCACAUGAAAAUACACACAGGAGAAAAGCCAUAUCAUAGGUCUCAUCGAAGCGAAGAGAAAAAACAUUGUGAAACUCGUGGAGAAUUCCUUCAUGUUGCGGCACUAGUUGCAAGACACCAAACAGUUCACACUCAAGAAGACAGGAUUGCUGAAAAGGAUGUAGAUGUGAUAUCAUCGUCAAGCAAGUCUCAAACCAACUCUAAUAGUACUCAUUUAUCUGCUCAAAUUUCUGCAAUGUUUAGUGAUAGAAGCUUAGUCACAUUUCUAUCCAUUCCUUCCAACGGUGUUUGCAGUUCAUCUGUUGUUUUCUCUAUGUUCCACCAUCCCAAUAUAGCUGUGACAUAUGGUGUGACUGUGUCUACAGGUAGUGACAUGUUGGUGAUGGAGAAAGUUGUAACUUCUUUGUCUGAUGUGCUCGAUGAUUCAGUCGUGAAUGAUGAGAUGAAUGUACACGAACGAGUUGAUAUUUCUUAUGGCAUUGUUUGUGCAGUUGACUAUUUGCAUCAUCAAGUGGGAAUCAUUCACGGCUACAUCAGCCCUACCACUGUAUUUAUCACAUCUCGACUGACCGCCAAACUGUUAGAUCCAGCAGCAUCUUGUCUCCUACAUGAUCAGAUAUGUCAACGUGCUGAGUCAUAUGAUGAUGACCUGCAUCAACUAAUCUGUCUCCUCAUCAAGUUAUACGGCUCAUAUUCACAAUUUUUAUCUGUUUGUCGGCAUUUAUGGAGCAUGAUCAGUCGUGAUAAGAAGUCAAGGGACAAAGUGGUGUCUACAACGGAGCUGCUUGAGUUAAUUGAUGAAUUAAAACUCAACCAGGAAUACAGUUGCAGCUCUCGCAGACGUGAACUAUCGAUAGUUAAUUGAAAUUGAGUUUGUUAUCUGAUUAGAUUGAAUGUUUAAUGGUUGUGUGUGUUUGUAAAGUUGAAGUUUAAAUACAUCGGUUGAAGACAGAGUUGCGUAAACGUAGCUACACGCCCCUCCCCCGCGCGCAAACGUCUGGCCACGCGAGACUACACAGAAGGUAUGAACGUGUUCUCAAACCAGACGCGGAUCUACCACAAUGCCCGAAGUUUCAAGGCACCAAGAUGUCUACGUCGAGAUGUGUCGUUCA